CAAAGCUCCCCUUGAACUCCAAAUUCAAGAUGUCAGCCCAAUCUUCCCUGAAUCAGCUUUGAGCACUCUGUAAGUCCGCACGAGUACUAAGCGAUUUGAAUCCGUCCACCGAGGGACACAACACCGCCGCGGAGCAUCGCCGGAAAAUGGAGGAAGAAAAAGCUGCAGCUUUAUAUGAUGAGUUAACCCGCAAGGGAGAAGGAGCCGCUAGGUUCAAACAAGGCCUUGGUUUCUCUUCCACAUCACACAGGGAGGCCGUUCCUCCCCGAGGCUCAGGUCUUCCCUCCUUUUCAUCAUCAUCAUCUUUUCUUAGCACAUUCGUUAAAGCCUCGAGCCCUUCGAAAACCGGUGAGCUCGACAAGCAGGCUCAACUUGAAUCCAUCCAGAACAAGCUCAAAAAAACGCCCCACCAACCCCAAAACCUAACAGCUUCGACCAGGGAGGUUUCAAGAGACAGAGAUAGAGACAGUAGCCACUCAAGUGAUCGCAGCCGGAGCGGGGAAAGGGAAAGGCACUCAAGGCGCCGGAGCCGAAGCCCGAGUAGAAAUCGCGAAAGGCAUUCGAAGCGCCGGAGCAGGAGUGGCAGCCGAGAUGAUUAUCGAAUGCGAAGGCGUGGGUAUAGAAGUAGAAGUAGGGAGAGGGAGAGGGAGAGGGGGCGUAGGAGGAGUUCAAGGAGUGAGUCGCCGACGCAGAGAAAAUCUUCGCAGAAUAGUACUGCUAGAAAGGUGGAGAAAGAGAGAAACAAUGAUGGCAGGGUUGAGUAUGCGGAAACCAUUGAAGGUUAUGACAAAAUGACGCCAGCAGAAAAAAUCAAAGCCAGGAUGAAAUUUCAACUUUCUGAAGCAGCUGAAAAGGAUGAAGUAAAGGGUACUGGCUCAGGAUGGGAGCGGUUUGACUUUGACAGAGAUGCUCCUUUGGAUGAUGAGGAGAUUGAAGCUGUGGAGGAUGAUGCAGCCCUAGUGAAGCACAUUGGUCAAAGCUUUCGGUUUGCAACAGUAGAGGCAAGGAGGGACAAAGAAACAAGAGCUGCUCAUGAUGAGGCCAUAUUUGGAGUUUCUUCACGUCCAGCUGAUCCUGAAACAGCUGAACAAGAAGAAGCUGGGAUUGUCAAGAAAGAGACACAUGAAAGUACCCAAAUUACUAACCUCUUAAGUGACCAGGUACUUGCAAUGCAGCAAGGUUCUUGGCGUCAUUGUGUACGUAAAAAAUAAUCUGGAUAAGAAGAUGAUGACAUCUCCAUCCGGCAAAGAGAAGUAAAUUGGUUGCCCUCAGAUAGUUUAUUGACCAUGUCUGGGUGUAAUUUGCUCAUUCUGUAGUAAUUUGUUCUCUGGAUGGUGUCGUGUAUCUUGAGGAGGAGAAAUGCUUGUUUCCAACCACGUUUGCCAAAGCCAAGGAUCCCUUGUUGUCUCAGCUGAAUUGCAGGGAUUAUAUUUCCGAAAUUGGUCGGAGUGUAAAUUAAGCCUAAAAGGGAUUUAUUUGUAGUUUGAAAGACUGAGAAAAAAGAUUACUUUCAAAAGUUUCACAAGUGGCAUAUUUGUUCCUUUAA